UAAAAUAUUUUAACUUUUUACCGGUGCUGGGUGUAAUUUUCCUUGUCGCAGAGGAAGCACAAUACUUGACAAGCUGGAUUUCCACAAUACAUUAGUGGCCACUUUAAGUGUAGCAGAUUGAGGGCUGUGUGUAUAAAAACAAAAACAAACCCAGAAGCUUUUCUUUUGAGAAUUAUAGGGACAGAACUACCUGAAUUGUAUAGAAAUUUAUUUACGUAUGCUACUACAGCAGCAAGAAUGUUACUUGCCCCCAAAUGGAAAGAAGCAGAAGUCCCAGCAAAGGAAGAAUGGAUACAAAAACUCAUGGAAUAUGCAGAAAUGGCAAAAAUUUACCGGAAGAAUAAGAAAUCAAGAUAACAAACGUUUUACAAAAGAAUGGAAAUUGAAUAUUUACAGAUAAAUUGUAAACAGAUAAAACAUUAGCAGGAUUAUUGUAAUAACGUGCACUUUUAUAAGAGUGUAUAUUUACAGUAGAUAAUUAAAUGAUCAAGUUAAAUGAAUUUGGAUAUGCAGAAGAUAUUAAAAAAUACCGUACAUUUAAGGAACCACAGAAAGGGGGAAGGAAGUCAAGUUUUGAAAUGUUAAACGGAUUGUAAAACUAAUGAAUGUAUAAAUGUAUAAAGAAAAAACUAAAGAAAAAGAAGAUUCAGAAACAAGGGAGGGCACCUGACUUUAGAAGAGAUGAAUUAAUUGAUAUAAAUAUAUUUUCAAGAGAGUGCUAUUAGAGUGCUAUUAUAAUUGUUGAUCUAAAUGCCAUCAAACACUGCCCAGUAUUAAUGAAGUCACAAAAUAUUUCUCGUGACCAAAAGUCCAAAUUUAGUGAAAUGCAGAACAGCAAGACCAUAUGGGCGGCAAUCUUCUUACCAAUGCUCUUCAUAAAGGUCAAACCAAUGGAAUGAUGGAAGGGACAAAUCAAUUCACCCACAGAGAUGCUGUCCCUUUGCUGCCUUUGGUGACAGUACUACAGUAUACUGAGUCACGUAGAUUAUGUCUUCAGAGCAUGAGCAAACUUGCAGAAACACAUUUUAACAAAAGACAUACUACUGUAUAUAAUUAAUGACCAACACAAGAAAGCCACUGAUGGAAGGAAUCGGUGUGGCUUUAAGAACUCAAUGCUACUUAGAUUAAGUGCUUUUGAAGAGAAUUCUCAAUUAAGGAACAUGGUCAAUAGCAGCUAAUAUUGAAACAACAAAGGAAGAUGGAAAUGGAAGCUAUGAGAGAGAAGUGUGUAAUUAAAUAUUUUUAUAGGUGAUUUUAAUAAUCACAGCUUUUUUUGGGGGGGGGAGUAUCCAAAUAUUUUUACAAUAGUAAUGUUUGCGGGCCAGCGUAAGGAAACCGCAGUCAUAAGAUCAGCAUAGGUACAAUGAUAGAAAUUUCAGAUAUCUUUAUUUUUAACUAAGAAGGAUGGUCAAUCUAUCCUUUUAUUGAAAUGACUAAUAUUUUGUUUUGUUUUUUUGAUGUAAGUACCCAAGUUGCACAAUUAAUUCAGCAACAUUUGUUUUCUGUAAAGGUUGAAACCUUUCCAUUCUACCUGCUCUCUGUGAAGGUCAUCCAGGCUCGACACAUAUCUUCAAGAGACCUAUGGACUUCUUCUGAUUAUUACGUGAGCCUUCGGCUGCCAUCAGCUUCAAAUAAACAAAUGAUGACGAAAGUCAUCUCAAACGCCGGUAAUCCUGUUUGGAAUGAAAGCUUCCAUUUCUUUAUCCAAACUGAGGUCAAGAAUGUGCUGGAACUGAAGCUCUACGAUGAAGAUGUGGUCACCAAAGAUGAUCUCAUCUUCAUGGUUGCCUACGAUAUUGCUAAAGUAAGACCUGGGGAAACUAUUUGUGAAGACUUACUUUUGAACCGUCAGGGACCAGAGAGCCUUGAAGUAGAAUUCAAGAUGGAGAGCAUAUGUGGUGGUUUUGAGAGCAUUGUUACUAAUGGCAUCCUUACGGCCCAUGAGGUUUCACGUUUAGAAGUUAAGAUGGACAAAUGGAAGAAUGAGGAGUGUUUAAAAAAAAAUAAAAAUAUUGAACUUGUGGUGAAGGAAUCCUUUGAAGAAGCGCAGGCGAUUACCCAGGAGUCAGAAAGCUUCACAUUUCACUGUGUGAAGAACUGGGAGCCAAAACUGGAGGCCAAUAUAAAGAGUAAGUCCUUUGUGGGGAAAUGGCUUGGAGACGCUGCUACUGAUUGUCCAGGUGUGUUGCUGAAAUCCCUCCCUGCAGGAGAGGGGAAAAAAGUAGCCUUGCCUUUAUCAAAGGAUGCACAAUUGGAGCUGCAGCUCCAGGUCGAUGACUGUUUAGGAGACUUAGAUGUGCGUUUGGGAUGUGAUCUCUGUGGGGCUGAGCAGGACUUCCUGUCUAAGCGCAAGAAUGUGGUUGCCAGUGCUUUAAAAAAGGUUCUUCUGCUGGAGCAAAAACUGCAGGGAUAUGAGGUCCCAGUGAUAGCUGUCAUGGCAACAGGAGGAGGAGCCAGGGCAAUGUCAGCUUUAUAUGGACACCUCUCUGCCCUUCAGAAGCUGAAUCUUCUAGACUGUGUGACAUACCUCUCUGGAGCUUCUGGCGCAACAUGGACAAUGAGAAGUUUGUAUGAAGAUACUGACUGGUCUCGAAAGGACCUGAUGGGUCCAAUCCAGAGAGCACAGGAAUAUACUGCUAGUAGCAAAUCAAGGGCUUUCUCCUUGGAGGCACUGCAGCGCUAUGAUGUGGAGCUAAGGCAGAGGGCUCGAGAGGGGCACUCGGUUCAUUUUACUGAUGUGUGGUCCCUUAUAAUCGACCGCAUGUUCCACGAUGAGCAAAGUGAUAGCAAACUUUCAAGUCAGCAACAGGCUGUGACUCAGGGGCAGAAUCCAUUGCCUAUCUACCUGGCCCUCAAUGUCAAGAAGGACACCCAGAGCACUUGUGAAUUUAAAGAAUGGUGUGAAUUCUCCCCAUAUGAGGUUGGAUUUUCUAAGUACGGGGCCUUCAUUUGCUCAGAGGAUUUUGGAAGUGAUUUCUUCAUGGGACGACUAAUAAACAAGAGACCAGAGUCUCGGAUCUGCUAUUUGGAAGGCAUUUGGAGUAACAUAUUUUCCUUGAAUUUGAAGGAUGUUCACCACUUAUACAAAUCCUGGCAGUGGCUUUUACCAGACCAAGAAAAGGAUGAAGCUUGUUUCAUUCCACCAAUGAACAGAUCCAGCAUCUUCAAUGGAAUUCUGACCAGUCGGCCAAUAGGAGAAAAGAAACCUAACUUUCUGAAAGGUCUCCAGCUACACAAAGACUACUACCAACAUAAAACAUUCUCCAUGUGGCAAGAAAGUGAAUUGGACCAGUGCCCCAACUCUCUUACACCUCAGGAAAAAGAGCUAUUCUUGGUUGAUGCUGGAUAUUUCAUCAAUACCAGUUGCCCUCCAUUGAUAAGAAAGGAAAGGAAUGUGGAUGUUAUCUUAUCACUUGACUACAACCUGUUGGAGACCAGGUUUAAUUCUAUAGAACAGAUGGGCAAAUACUGUUUGGACCAGGAUAUCCCCUUUCCUAAAAUUGCACUGACUGAAGAAGACAGAGAGAAUCCAAAGGAAUGCUACAUUUUUGAGGACAAGGAGAACCCAGAAGCUCCAAUCAUACUUCACUUCCCACUAGUGAACAACUCUUUUAGGGAGUAUAAAAAACCUGGAAUUAGGCGAACUUCUGCAGACACGGCUAACGGAGAGGUGGAUUUUACAAGUUUAAACUCACCAUACAGAAUGACAAAUUUGACUUACACCGAGGAGGAAUUCAACAAACUUAUAAACCUGAGUGACUAUAACAUUCAAAAUAACAAGGAACUGAUUUUGCAAGCUCUGCAGACAGCAGUAGAAAGGAGAAAAGCCAGCAGGAAGCAAAAGCAAAUACAAUCAACAUGAAUCAAUCAGUAUUGUGGCACGCCACCCCAGUCACUGAGUGGUGCAAGAUUCCAGAGGUUCCAGCUGCUUCGAUUCUCUUGGAAUGAAGGAUGGCAGAAACUGGUGUCUUUAUAAUAUAUGGUUUGUUUGCAACCUGAGCCUAUGAUGGAGGGGCUCACAGCAUUAACAGCCCACUAAGUUAUUGCUUCUCUCGUGGCCACAGCCUUGGAUUCCAGCAGAAAUCAGGCAUGACUCUGUCUGUCUGCUGCCCAGCCUGCUUCCUGCUUCUAGCUCACACACCUCAACUUAUAGCUCUCACACACUACUACCGUACCAGCCAGUGGAGGGCAUUUGCCCUCUGGUGCAGAACCACUUCCUUUGUUAUCCUAACAACCCAUACAUAGUGGGCCACUAGUAAGAAGUUCGCCUGGCUAUUCCAGUAAUUGAAUCCUUGCUGGAUCCAGGAACUCAGACAUACAGCACACCCAACUCAUCCUACUGUUCUAUGUGAAUGACCUCAAGCUUAUAAUAACCAGCCAGUCAACAACAAGCACAAUUUCUCAUUUGUAUACCUUUCUAGGCACCAGCUUGCUAAUUGUCAUGGGAGUGUAUCCGAAGUUCUGCGAGUGGAGGACAGUUGCACACUGAAGUUUCCCUCUCCACUGUUGCCCUCAUACCUCCCUGAAAAGCAUCUCGAGGGUCAGGGGGACUCACUGAACACUGCAGGCUGUCUCUUACAGGGUUUCUGUGGGAGGAGAGGAGUCAUCCCAAACUGGGUGAAGGGAUCUUGUGCUGCUUGUGCAGAGUUCCUAAUUCCUGCUCUCCUACAUAUGACACUGGCCACUCAUCUCUGCCAGAGCAAUUCCAUCACUGAAUCUAGAAAUGUGUAUAAUUUCCAGUUGUGUUUCUCAAAUCUACCAUGAUACUUCCUCCUUGCCAAGACAAUUAUCUUUAGUAAUAAUCCCCUUGACCCAUUUCCCCCCCAAUACAGUACUGCUGACAUGCCAGAUGCUUCCAGUUCCAAUAAUUAGUGAAAGGAAUACUAGGCUGUCUUGCCUGUAAUUGCAUCAACAGCUACCAUGCAUUCAUAAAUAUUUGCCAAUCCCUUCUGGCUAUAAGCUGACAACUCUAAUACAGGAGAUAUUUCCAUACUAGUUGAGCCAUCAAGUAGGGAGCUAUAAGUCAUUAGUAUAUCUGUCAUACGUGUUUGAACACUUAGUCUUCUCAAAACAUGGCUAGGGUUCCCAUAUCUCAAAGAGUAAAAACCAGGACACCCAGAAAGUUGUUGAGCUUUUUUUUUCAGACCCAUAAAACACACAAUUUUUUAAUUGACUUGCCUAAGAUCCAGGACAAAGUAAGUACCACCUUUCUGGAAGCCGCCCCCCUCUCCCCGAUGUCAAUUCCGCCUUUGAAAUCCCAGUAAUGUCAGGGAAAAUCCGGACGUAUGGCAGCCCUAUGACUGGCUGAACUGCUUUUGAAGAUUAUGGUUAUUUGUUUUUCUUGUCCCAGUAAUGUGUUUUCUUUUCUGUUGGUUUCUGACAUCUUCUUGUUCUGGUUUUGAUGAUUUUUCCCGAUGGUAGGAUGAAGCGCGAGAUUUCAUUUGAAAGCAGAUGAAGGAGAAAGGCAGUUGGCACAAAGAACGCCAGGCAGUUAGUUUAAUAAUGAAUAAACAAAGUCAAAUAAAAGUGAUAGCUUUAGGAGUCUGUGGAGAAAACAAGUGUAUGUCUCCAGGAAUGACAAUUUUUAAAAUUAGUACAGUACAGGAACUGCUGGCAGGUUCAGGCAUCCCCUAUGUUAAAAUAAACUCAGAUUCUGCCACAAAAUUACACAAAUUCUGCAAAGACGAAAUCCCAAUACAGUGAUCUGAUUCAAGUUUGCAAAUAAAGCAAACGUGUGAUAAACUGUGUAACUCCCAGAACAUGCAGUUGUCCAGAUCCUGGCCUCAUGUGCACCUGGAAGCUCACUAGUUUUGGGGAACAUUAGCCUGGCAGUACAAAUAAUUUGCCUCCUUAAUGACAACUGAAGUAUUUCCCCCCAGAAAGUAACAUGAUGCUUUUUCUUAUCAUGGAGAGAACCGAGUGUUACAGGCUGCAGUUCUAUAAGCACUAGCCUGGGCAUUUGCAUAUAGUACAGUAUUGCUCUGACAGGCAUUUGCCGUAUGACUUCAUUCUCAAAGCAGUCUGAGAAAAUUGAGCCCUCUCUCUCAUUUCUUUGAAAAGUGUUUAGAAUCAGGGUGUCUGUAUAAUAUCUAAGGUAAUCCUGGCUUUUUCCUGGUGAUAAUUAAGAUUAACAAUGUUUUGACAGCAUAAUAGGAUAAUUGCUGGAUUACAGUAUGAAGGAACCUGCUGUAUCAUAUUCCAUAAUCCAAAACAGCAUUAAUAAAGAUCAAGCAUUCCCGCUACAACAGCUAACUAAAUGUCUAAAUGCUGUUUUAUUGGGUUUAGUUUACAGGUAAUUCAUUGUAAACCACGCUACGCCACUGAUGCCAAUAACCUCAUGUAUUAUUAUCAUAAUUAUUAUUACUAUUAUUCAUUUUAUUUCUAUGCCACUUUAUAUUUUUAGGGGGGGGGGGAAUCUGAAAGCGGAUUUGUUGUUAUUGUUUAGUCGUUUAGUCGUGUUCGACUCUUCAUGACCCCAUGGACCAUAGCACGCUAGGCACUCCUGUCUUCCACUGCCUCCUGCAGUUUGGUCAGACUCAUGUUGGUAACUUCGAGAACACUGUUCAACCAUCUCGUCCUCUGUUGUCUCCUUCUCCUAGUGCCUUCAAUCUUUCCCAACAUCAGGGUCUUUCCCAGGGGUCUUCUCUUCUCAUGAGGUGGCCAAAGUAUUGGAGCUUCAGCUUCAGGAUCUGUCCUUCCAGUGAGCACUCAGGGCUGAUUUCCUUCAGAACGGAUAGGUUUGAUCUUCUUGCAGUCCAUGGGACUCUCAAGAGUCUCCUCCAGCAGAAUAAAAAGCGGAAUACAACCUACAUUAAAACAUCAAACAAAACAAUUUAGAAUAAAACGUUGCUGAAGAAAGUCAAAUAUAAAAUCAAAUGUACAUUCAAAGCGCCAUAAUUAACAGGAAACUAAAACAUUUUCUUAAAGAUUUCAAAAUAGAACAUUGCAAAGGGGGUCAAGUACAGAAGGCACAUUUAACAUAGCAAAUAUUAACAUUUCAAAAGAAAGCAUUAAAUGCACAUUUAAAACAGCAGUUCCUAGGAUCUUCUUCAGGAGUCAUUUCAUUUGGUUUUAUUUUUUAUGUAAUCAUCACUGUCACGACAUAACAAUCGCCAAAUGUUUUAUAUCCUGCUGAGAUGCAACCUAGAUUUCUACUUUUGAUACUAAAUACUGUAUUCAAAAAGGGAUCGUAACAAAUCCUUAGGGAUCUAGAUAGUUCUGCUCCAGCACAGGCCCUUGGAAUCCUCUUUGCACACUGUACUUCGAAGGUCAGCACUUCCUACAAUAAUCUGGAAAAAGAGCAGGGAGGGAGAGCAUUUUCUGAGGAAAAGAGGAGGAGGAAUCUCCACAAAAAACUAGGUUUGAUAUGCAAAGAUGCCACAUAUUCUGUGCUGUGAUCCGGUCUGUAUGUGCAUGACCUUCUUGCUCAAAUUACAUAUUUGACUGCAGUUUAGGUACAAGAGUGAAAGUGGUAAGGCUGGGCAACAGCCCUGGCAACAGACAAGAUAUGGAACAGCCCUGUGGGGAGAAUGGGGAAUCCUCCCUUUCUGCAGGAAACCCUUUUCAAGCCCAUCUUGGGUGAGAUUUCAGCAGACGUUGUUGGCAUGCUUUCAGGCCAAUCUUGAAACCCACAUCAUCAUCAUCAUCAUCAUCAUUUUUAUUUUGUAUAGGCCUACCGUCUUUCUAUCGUACAAUACUCAAGCUGAAGAAACAAAAAAUGUACAUCUAAUGCAAUACAAAAAUGUGAUAAUAAAACAUAAUUAUAAAAUAGGCAACCUACAUCAAAAAGUAACAUUCAACAAUCAUUAGAAUAGUAUUAAAUAAUAAUAACAACAUAUAAAAGUUAAACAGAAAUCCACUCAACAGUUACAACAAACAAUUUCUAAACUAUAAUCAAUAAAACAAUGGCAAGCCACAGUACAUAAAAUAAUACAAUACAAAUUGAGAAGCAGAGACAAGAGGGUGGGACAGAGCAGGUGGAAAAAGGCCUUGCCUGAUGGAGUCUCUCUCCUCACAUGGCAAGUGCUUGAGUGUAGUAAACCUGCGGCGUAACAAUCCAUGGAGUCCUUAGUUGGAGAUAGUGAGUAGAAAUCAGUGGGACUUGGAAGUAUUUAACUUGUCUGAGGGGGGAAAGCCAUGAUUCUGAGGAAACCAAAUUUUGUGCCAAAGUUCAGACUCCAUGCGGUAACGUUCUCUCAGAUUUCCUGUUUCCACCUGCCAGUUAUGAAACUGAAAAAUAAAGUUGAGAUUUUGAAGGAGGCGAUUUGCGUGAUAGGAUUUGGAUUCCAGGCAGCAGAAUCAAAUGA